CUCAUCCUCAACCCGCCGCGCCUGCUCGUCUCCGCUCCAGAGCCGGUCUGCUGUCCUUUAACGCUGCGCUUCGACCAGACAUCGCACGAAGCCUGCUUGGCUAGCGCGCCGCUCUCAGUCACAUCUCAUCUCAGGCGGCAGGACGCUGCUCGUGAGGGCACCGCUCCGCCAGGCUGCGCCGCGGCUCGCCAUGCCGGCCAGCAUGUACGCCGCCGCGCCGCCGUCGCCCGAUGCGUCGCUGCGCCUGCUCAUGCACGCCACGCACCCGAGCACCGCCGCGCUGACGGGCCUCUCGAGCUCGCUGCCGUCGCGCCGUGCGCCGCCGACGUCGCAGCAGUCGACGGCGCUGCCCAGCACCUCGACGCUCAAGACGGCCGAGCGCGUGGCCGCGCAGCGCCAGGCGCGCGGCGACCACCUGCCGAGCCGCGGCGCCUACGCAGAGAGCCACCGUGUGGCACGCCACAUGGCCGGCCUGCCGCCGCUGGGCAGCCGCGCCGAGAUCGAGGAGCUGAGCGAGGAGGAGUACGAGCUCGAGGCGCUGCACGACCGCAUCGCCUCGUACGGGCACGACUUCCUCAUCACCGUCGGCGAGACACGCACGCACGCCGAGCGCGAGUCCUCGCAGCUGUCGGAGCGCUCCAUGACGCCAGACGGCUCCGAGUCUGAUGCCGAAGGCGGGCCCGGCGCCUUUGUGGGCGGUCACACUGGACACGCCGCAGCAGAGGUGCAGGCCGCCGUCGCUGCUGAACGCCGCGACGGCGAGGCUGCGGCACAGACCGGCGGCGACCAGGCGCCUCCGCCUGCAGCGCCUGUGGAGCGGGACCUCGAUGCAGACGUAGAGGACAUGGAUGCAUGAUCACUAUGCACCCUGGCGUGCUCGCUUGUCCUCUCUGGCGAGUGACACGCGCAUCCCAUUCAUCACGUCAACAAGGCUCGUCCAUCUUCGCUCGACCGGCCUCAGCAGCACGCUCCCGACGAAGCGCCGUCCACGCGCGGCUCUCGACUGUCGGAGAGACUGCUCAGCAGCAUUCCCGAGCAAGGCACGCAUCACUCACUGCUUGCCAAAGUACUGCGGCCGAGGCGCGAGUCUGCCGGUCACACAUCAGCACGGCAGUCAUGCAACACUCGUCGGUCGACUCACUCGGCCGUCUUGGCGUUGA